AUGCCUGCGCCGGCACCCAACAAGCGCGUCAAGAACAAGCGCAUCUCGCGCAACAUAAUAAUCGGCUCCGAGGCCUGGGCGCUCCCCCCACUGGGCCACCCCGACCGCCCAAAAGGCAUUCCUGACGACCACACCAAGCGCUGGACCGUCUACGUGCGCCAACCAGACGGCGACCCCUCUCUCAGCACCUGGCUCAACAAAGUCCAGUUCAAGAUCUUCAACACGUACGAGAACCCGCUGCGAACCUGCGACAACCCGCCCUUUGAGGUCACCGAGACGGGAUGGGGCGGAUUCAGCAUCGAUAUUCGCCUGCAUUUCGUGCCCAUCAGCGGCGAGAAGGCGCAGUACAGACAGCACUUCUUGCAGCUUGAAAAGUACGGCUCCGAGGAGCAGCAAGCCCAGCAAGAACGGACGGGCUGCGUGCGGAGCGAGUUUCUUGAGGUCGUGCACUUCAACGAACCGACCGAGGCCCUGUUCGACGCCUUGACCGCCGAGGAUCAGUGGGCGCACCUCGUCCCCAGCAAGUCCUCGAGUGGGAGUAAGAAGGCCAGUCUCGGCGCCAAUGGCCGCUUGAAGCGCGGACUACCAAACGGUGAGCGCAGCGCCCAGCUGCCAGAGAAAGGCGGCGACGACGUACCUUUCAGCCAGGAGCACGAGCAGGGCCUGAUUGACAGCUUGAUGGACAAGAUUGCCCAGGUGGAUCGGGAGCUGGAGAAGGAGACAGCCCGCAGGGAGAAGACGGAGAAUACGCUCAAGGCGCUGAGAGAAGAGCUGGGCCACGAAGCCGCGCAACAGGCAGCACAGCAAGCCUCGGGAGAUCGGAGUCGCAGGCGGUGA